GGUCAUUAGUAGCGUUUCUAGGGAAUUUUUGUGGAGGCAAUGGCAGUCGGAGCUUAUUGCGCCGCGCCAUCGUCCUCCAUCGUGAUUUCCAGCGGAAAUCGAUUGAAGCGCUAUGGAUUCUCACAAGCAGGGCCUGUGAACCGGGCGAUUGGGAAGCAGGGCUUGAUUCUCCAGGUCGCGGCAGCUCCAUUGUGGGGUUUAGGGUUCUCCGGCAGGCGCAGGCGCGAUGCCGCGCGGCUGUGCCAGUCCCAGUGCUCGAUGCAGGUCCAGGAGCUCGAGCAUCGCCAGGUUUUGUCCGUGGAGCAGUGCUUGGAGAAAAUGCGCGAGGCGAUGGGGAUCGAUGACAUUGCUGGCAACGAGCAAUUUACUGUCACUGGAGAACAAACUUUCAUGGGUCUUACUGGAGAGUGGAAUUUGUCGUGGAGUUCCGAUGGCCGGUUUUACGAGAAAUUCGAUAGCGAGGAAGUCACUGUUGAUGGAGGAUACGAUGGCACUAGCAGGCCAUGGCAUGCCGACUAUGCCGGACGAGUUACGUCGCUAGAUUUGGACGAUCUAGAGACGAGUUUGCUGACAACUUGGCUAAGAACAGGCUUUUGGAUUUCAGCCGGUGGACAGACGAAGCUGAGCAUCGAGCUGGACAAGGAUUCUCCUUCAGAGAAGAUUUUCGAAGUACACUUGAAAGACUCGAAGGUACUGGCUCGUGUUCAUGUGGAUACAGACACUUGGCUUCCAACUCAAAUGAGAACACAAGUUUUUGGUGGGGAGGACGUGUGGGAGUACUCCGAUUGGCGAUGCAUUCUGCCUGGUCGUCGGUAUCGAAUGCCGUGCUCGACUGUGCGAUAUCCACCAGCUGGUGGAAAAGACACUACUAUUGCAAGUCGUGCUGAAGCUGCCAGAAUUUCUCAAAGCUUGUUUACGGUUCCAUCCACACCCCAGAUAGCAAGGCAUAACAAACGAAGGCCCGUGGUUGAAUUUGACGAAGACAUUUCUUCAACUGUGAAGAUGAUUCAAACCGUUAGCGGACACUACGUAGUAAAGCCUUUGAUUGACGGUCAGGACAUUGGAUAUUUUGUGGUCGAUACCGGCGCCAGUGGUCUUUCUCUCGCUCCUGGCGUGGGAGACAGAUUUUCAAUGGCGGAAUUCGGGGAGAUAUACGUAACGGGUGUAGAGACUCAGGUGAAGAGUAAGUUUGUUCGUGGCCGAGAAUUUCAGCUUGGACGACUAAAAAUCACCAACCCGCUAUACAUCGAAGUAGCAAUGGAUGGUGUCGUAAGAGGAGUGCAACCGGUAGCAGGAAUUUGCGGCUUCGACUUGUUUUAUCAUUGCGUAGUAGAGAUGUCCAUGACCCAAAAGACGUUAUCACUUUUCAACGCAGCCACCUAUCAGUUUCCUAAGAACCAAAGCUUUGUGAGGAUGCGCAUGCUAGAGAAUGUCCCUCAUGUUCCAGCGAAAUUUAACGGCCACGAGACAUUGUUUCUACUUGACACAGGAGCUGGAGGCGUAGACGUGAUCUUCCCCAACAGCACCGUCGAGAAGUAUAAGCUGCUAGAAGGAAACUCCAAUUCCUUCCUGGAAGCCAAAGUCAAGGGAGUAAAUGCGAGCAGUGGUAUCCAGGCCUUGUAUGGAACACUGCCUAGCUUCGAGCUGGGCGAUCAUGUCUUUAAGAACAUCAAAGCUCUAUUUUUCAAAGGCGAGGGGGGAAUGGUGAGCUUCUCGGCCUACACUGGAGGAAUUCUUUGCGAGCAGCUUCUUCGUUCGUUUGUCCUCGUCAUGGAUUAUCAAAGAUGCAGAGUAGCAUUCGUCGCGAGUAAAGACCGCCAAAGUCUAGAAAAUGGACGGUCUUGAUUCAAUCAAUCGAAUUCCAACGGUCCAGAUUAAAUGGCUCC